AUGGCUAUUGAAUCUGAAAAACAACUGUCAUCAGUAGAUUCAACAAUUGUUCGUAUUGUUGAUGAUAUAAAAAAAAGUGAUAGUGACUCAUGGAAUUAUCGUGGAUUAGAACUUUCAAAUGAGAUGCUUGUUGUAUUGAUAAGUCAUCCAAAUAUUGACAAAGCAGCUGCUGCACUUGAUGUUUCAGUCGGUAAUUUAGCUGAUUCAAGAGAUGUUCCUGGUAUUGCUCAUUUUCUUGAACAUAUGCUUUUUAUGGGUAGUUCGAAAUAUCCAGGUGAAAAUGAAUAUUCAAAACUAAUAGAAGGAAAUGGUGGCUAUUCCAAUGCACGUACUAGUGAUGAUCAUACAAAUUAUUAUUUUAAUAUUAAUCCAAGUUUAUUACCCGAAGCACUAGAUGUUUUUGCACAAUUUUUUAUUUCACCACUUUUUUCUGCAUCAUCUAUCGAUCGAGAAAUAGAAGCAGUUAAUUCUGAAUACGAAGGAUAUUUAUCUAAAGAUGGAUGGCGUGUUUCACAACUAGAAAAAUCGACAUCAGAUCCACAACAUCCCUAUUCAGGAUUUGUAAUUGGUAAUAGUGAAUCAUUAAGAACAACACCUAGACAACGUGGCAUUGAUAUUCGACAAGUACUUUUGGAUUUUCAUAAAGCUGAAUAUUCAUCAAAUCGAAUGAGUUUAGCUGUACUUGGCAAUCAAUCACUCGAUGAACUUCAAUCACUUGUCAUGAAAAGUUUUAAUGAUGUUCCAAAUAAAAAAUUAAAACCAGCUAAAUAUCCUUCGGAUCCAUAUGGUGAAAGUAAACGAAAAACAAUUUGUUAUGUUGUUCCUGUUAAAUCAACUGAUUAUUUAACAAUAAAGUGGGUUAUACCUGAUCAUAAAGAUUUAUAUUAUUGUAAUCCUGUAUCAUACCUUUCACACUUGAUUGGACAUGAAGGUGAUGGUUCAUUAUUGUCAUAUUUAAAAAAGUUGGGCCUUGCUAAUAAACCGGUAGCUAGAGAAUAUUGUUCAUUUAGUUUUAAUUUUUUCACUAUCAGUUUAGUAUUAACAAUCAAAGGAUUACGUCGAUGGGAAGAAGUUAUUUAUAUUAUUUAUCAAUAUAUGGCUAUGUUAAGAAAAGAAGGACCAAACGAAUGGAUUUUUAAUGAAUGCAAAAAUUUAGAAGCAAUGUAUUUUCAAUUUCGUGAAAAAGAACCAGCAAAUGAUUUUGUCUCAAAUUUAGCGAGUCGAAUGAGGAAUUAUCCAUUAACUGGAUGUCUUUCUGGAGAUUAUGAAAUGCGUGAAUUUCGUCCAGAUUUAAUAAUUGAAGAACUUAAUGAAUAUUUAAUUCCAAGUAAAAUGCGAGUAUUUCUUCAAAGUAAAAAAUUUACUUCGAUUGCAACAGAAAAAGAAAAAUGGUUUGGUACACAAUAUAAACAAGAAUAUUUACCUGAAGAACUUAUUAAACGUUGUGAAACAUGUGAACUUAUUCCUGAACUUCAUUUACCAAUACCAAAUAAAUUUAUUCCAACUGAUUUUCAUUUAUUUUCAAAAGAACAACAUUCCGCACGACCACAAUUACCAAUAAAAAUAAAAGAAAAUGAAUUUUGUCGACUUUUUUAUGGUGAAGAUACAUUUUAUAGAUUACCUAAAGCAUAUCUUUAUUUUGAAUUACGAAAUUCGUUAGGAUGUGCAGAUCCAUUACAUUCUAGUAUGAAUGCACUUUAUGUUGGAUUAGUUAAAGAUUCUUUAACUGAGAUUGUUUAUCCAGCCCAACUUGGUGGAUUACAUUAUGAAUUAUCUUCUUUAGAUUAUGGUAUACAGUUAACUGUAUAUGGAUUUAAUCAUAAAAUUAAACAAUUACUUGAAACGAUUAUUGAUUGUAUGGUUAAUAUUAAAGUUGAUCCUCAACGAUUUGAAAUAUUAAAAGAAAAACUUAAAGCAUCGUUAAAAUCUUUUCCUGAGCGUGAUCCUUGGGAAAUGGCACAUUAUGGUCUUAAAUAUUUAACAGCUGAACAUCAAUGGAAUUAUGGUGAAUUACUUAGUUGUAUUGAUAAUAUCACAGUACAUAAUCUAGAUUCAUUUAUAACACAGAUGUUAACUCGUUUUUUUACGGAUUCAUUAAUGUAUGGAAAUUUAACAGAAGAUCAUGCACUUGAAUAUAUGAAUUUAUUUGUACAAAAAUUUCAAGAAAAACGUUUUCAUCAACCACUUUUUCCUAGUAUGUGGUUUAACGAACGUGAAUUAACACUACCAGAAGGUUAG